UGAUUGUUAUUACGUGUAUCGAUUCCUCCCAAUUGUGGUGCUCUAUUGCUCUAUACACCGUGCAUUCUAGCAAUUCUAACAUCAUUUUGAUUUACUGUUCUUUUGCUUUGUAAUGCCAUCUCUCGAUUCGCUUCGCCGCUUUGAUGCUUAUCCGAAAAUUGAUAAAGAAUUCAGUAUUAGAACAAUUGGUGGCGCUACAUUAACCAUCGUCAGUGGUGUUAUUAUAAUAAUACUUAUCUAUUCCGAGCUCAUGGCGUAUUUGACGCCAAUCAUUACCGAUGAGCUAUUUGUGGACUCUACCAGAGGACAAAAAUUAAAAAUUAAUCUUGAUUUCAACAUUCCCAGAAUAUCUUGUGAUUAUGUUUCGUUAGAUGCUCAAGAUGCUACAGGCGAGCAACAUUUGCAUAUUGAGCAUGAUAUUUACAAAAGAAGACUGGACCUCAAUGGACAGCCAAUUGAAAAACCAAAGAAAGAAGAUAUUUCUGCCCCUCCAAAUAAAAGCAAUGAAUCAAUAGUUUCAAGUACAACUGAAAAAGCCUGUGGCUCGUGUUAUGGAGCCGAAACAAAUACAACCAAGUGUUGCAACACAUGCCAAGACGUUAUCGAUGCCUAUCGAAACAGGCAGUGGAACCCUACUUUGGAAUCUUUCGAACAGUGUAAACAUAAAGUGGCCGAGGAAAAACUAAGUUUAGAAGCGAAGGCCUUCGAUGAAGGAUGCCAAAUAUACGGAUCCAUGGAAGUGAACCGAGUGGGUGGAAGCUUUCAUAUAGCACCGGGAAAAAGUUUUUCCUUCAGUCACAUCCACGUGCAUGACGUCCAACCAUUUGCUUCUAGUAGAUUCAACACUUCUCAUAGAAUAAACACACUUUCGUUCGGAGAAGAGUUUGGAUUUGGACAAACCAGUCCGCUUGAUUCGACCGAGGAGAUUGCUAAUGAAGGAGCAAUGAUGUUUCAGUACUACAUAAAAAUAGUCCCAACCGAAUUUGUACCACUUAACGGACCAAAACUUCAUACCAAUCAGUUUUCUGUUACUAAACACCAGAAAAGUGUCUCAGUGGCAAGCGGUGAAACAGGAAUGCCAGGUAUUUUUGUCACUUAUGAACUUUCUCCACUCAUGGUAAGAUUUACGGAGAAGCGAAGUUCUUUCAGUCAUUUCGCAACGAACUUAUGUGCGAUUAUAGGAGGAAUAUUCACGGUCGCAGGAAUAAUCGAUUCUUUAUUGUUUACCUCGAUCCAUGCAUUGAAACGAAAAAUUGAACUCGGCAAACUUAGUUAAUGUACAAAAAAGCAAUCAAGGCACUGUUUGUUUUAAAUUUGAUCUGAUCAACCUUCGUCUUCAAUAUAUUUUUAUUUCUUUAUGUGAUAUUUAACAUCAUAGUGUCUUCAAGUAGUUGUUAUAACUUAACAUAUCCGAUUUAGCAACAUGAAUGACAAAGUCUUGAUCGUUACCUUCAACCAGCGUUUUAGGCGAGAUAUAAAGUUCCUUCCGCGGGUUGUACUGAGCUUUCCCCAAAAACUGUAAAAAGCCAUGACGCUGUUUUAUCCGGUAUUCACGAGCCAGCAGAAUCUCAGGUGUUCUAAGUAUUUCAGCGUUUGUAAGUUGCAUUUUACGAUUAAUGUAUUCAAAUCGAUGCAUAAGAUUAUCUUCAUCUAUAAAAAAAUAACAGUAAUAAUGUAAAUUACAAUUGUCAAAUUAAGUAGCUACAAGCAAUAAUUUAAGUUUCGAAACGG